GUUAGCGAUGGAUCCAUCAAUGACGUCGGAUACUGGAAGAAAGGGCGGUUCUAGCUCAAGACGUCGUGUUUGGACUAAGGCGGAAGAGGUUGCCCUUGUUAAUGCUCUUAAGGAGAUUGUCCUUGAGGGAUGGAGAACAUACAACGGCUUUAGGACGGGCUACGCAUUGGUGCUGGAAAAGAAAAUUAAGUCAUUUCUUCUUGGAUGUGACCUUCGAGCUGAUCCAAAUAUAACCUCGAAGAUGCAUGUUUGGAAGAAAAAUUAUGGGAGCGUUGCCCUUAUUAGAGGUAACUCGGGACUG